CCCUCCGGCUCUAUAUGACAUAGCUCAGCCCGUCCCGAUGCCGUUGUAUAAUGUUUCGAUUGUAAUAGUGGCGUGUUCCGCAUUGGAGGGGCGCUACAGUCUAUGGUCGUUAGCCCCGGUGCUACUGUAUAAUAGUCUAGUGGUCUUGUUCGUGAGGGUACCGCACGGCCUGGGAUGUGUGUGUGUGCCCGCUAGCUACCGUACAGAUAGUCCCAUGGACUACAAGGAGACACGUGGUCACUAUACUGUUGUAUAAUAUUUCGAUUGUAAUUCAUCUUUAUAUAAAUAUAUAUAUUCAAUCACUCUUUUAGUAUAAAACAUACACUGACGCUGUGUUUUUAUUAAUUAGCAGAUCAUGGAUAAUAUAAAUAUUGGUAACACCGAAAAUAUGCCUCCAUCAGCUGCUGUAUGUUCCGGUAGUGAGUAUUAAAUAAUUAUAGUAAUGAUGAUAUGGGCUAAUAGUGUUUUUGUCACGGACUAUAUGUAUGAUUUAUCGUGUUUGUAGACAGGCUGAAACGUAGGCGUCCUCCUCCAGGCGUAAAGACAUGCGCACCAACGCCGUUUGACUCCGCCCCACCGGUCAAUGACGCUGCAUCAGAACUAGAUGCGGCCAUAGCUUGUAUUACCGGGGAUCUUUCAAGACACCUAUGAGAUCUGCCUGUGUUAAACUAUUGACACAUCCUGUUGUAUACAGUCAGGACAUCGGUGCACAGCUAUCAGAGGCUGUAAAGAUCCCUUUGAGACAUGUGGGUGGUAAAAUAUUGACACAUCCUGUAGCAUACCGUCAGGACAUUGGUGCACAGCUAUCAGAGGAUUUUCAGUGCAGACCAGUCCUAGCAUCAGCCAUCCCCUCAUCAGAUGAUGAACCCCUGAGCUGUGCUCAGUUGUAUACACCCUCAUCACCACAGCCAAAGAAGAAGAAGAAGCAGAAGAAGCUGAUACAUAACAGAGCGGCGAUUCCAUUAUCAAGGGAGACGCAGACCAUUGAUAAUACAUGCUCUUCUGAGACACAAACACCUCGGGAGCCAACGACAAGAACAAUUGCUACACAGACGAAGCGGUGUAUUCAAACCGUCCCCAAGAAGGCCAUUAAAAGAACCGUGAAAGCCUCACAGGAGCCAACACAGACGAAGCAGUUGAUUCAAACCGUCCCCAAGAAGGCCAUUAAAAGAUCUGUGAAAGCCUCCAUUACCCAAGUCCACACAGGCAGCAGCAGCAGCAGCAGCAGCAGCAGCUGUAACGUCAACAAUACACCCUACGACUACUGCGCCGAUGACAUUGAGAUAAAUUCAGGUUUUGACGCAACGUCCCCACAGAUGGUGAUACAACCUAUGGUUCAUACAUCAACAGAUCUAUGUUUAGAGGCCUGUGAUAUACCAUCCGAAGUGUUAGAGCUUUUGGCCAGCUUCUGUCCAGAGCCACUGGUUGAUGGGAGGGGUGUUGUCGAUAAUCAGCAUACAGAAUUGAGAGGUUUGCUUGGGGACAUACAGGUGUGCAUUAGUACGCUAGACACAUCACACAUUGACUUGGUAGCCGACCUAUCUGACCGUUACAUGUCUGCGGAUAAAACGGCGGCCGUCUUUAACACUACACUUUUAGAGGCCAUCAAUGCACUCGGUGUUGGUCUGUCGGCCGACAUACACAGGGAGUUUAGUGUGCUAAACACAUCACUCAAUACCUUAGGCUCCACCCUAUCUGCCCGUUACAGGGCUGAGGAUCAAGCAUCGGCCAUCGUGAGCACUACGCUUUUAGAGGCUAUCAGUGCCCUUGGGGUUGGUCUGUCUGACUACUACCGUGUCGAGAAUAAAACCAUUAUUGAUGCGGUAAAUACCCUCGGUGUAACUCUCGUCAGAAUUGCGCAACAGGUAGUCCUCAGAAGCAAUGCCAACAACACAAUCACUCGUGCUCUAAUAACCACAAUACACAAUCAUGUUUGAACAGAUGUAGACUGCGGCAGUGUUAUACCAGCCACCUCCACAGGGGGGAGCCACAGUUGUUGUUGUUUGUUUUUGUUGCCUCCAUUUAAAAAAAAAAUUUAAUACGCUAUUACGAUCUAAUGUAGUUUUUUCUUUGUUUCAACUGUGUUGCUUGUUCACAUAAUGUCGCCACCACGUAAGGUCUAUCGUUAUAGCCCUCAGGACCUUACUGUUGAUAGGUUAACAGAUACACCUGAUGAUGAUGAUGAUGAGCUGGCGUGCCCUAUACACACACAAAUAAAUCCUUUGUCAGCUCUUGAGAUUGAAUGGAAUGAAUGGUUAGCACGACACGACUCCCAUCCACCGACCAUUGUGAAUAGGAGUGUCCCUGACGAGGGAAUGAUUGACACGCUAAUAAAUCCUUUGACAGCUCUUGACGAUGUCUUGAAUGAAUGGUUAGCUCGAAACGACACCAAUCCACCGACCAUUGUGAAUAGGAGUGUCCCUGACGAGGGAAUGAUUGACACUCUGAUAAAGCCUUUGUCAUCUCUUGAGAAUGAAUGGAAUGAAUGGUUAGCUCGAAACGAACCCAAUACACCGACCAUAGUGAAUAGGGGUGUCCCUAAUGCCUGUGUGAUUGACGGGUCCUUGUGUGAUGACGGUGCUGUAUCCAUAGAUGAGCAGUUAUACAUUGUCGAACCACCUCCUGAUAUGACACACGACACCCCACCUGAUAUGACACACGACUCCCCAGGGAUUGAUGAAGCUACAAACUCUAUGUGCGUUCAAAGAGGGUCUACACCCGUACAGAAUGCCUCAAACGGCACACAGGAGGGAGGGGGUGUGCUUGAGCAGCCUUCGUCAUCAUCAGCAACAACAACAACAGCGUCAGCAGGGGGGUGUGUUACAGGCAGUUUACCUAUCCGUGAUAUACCAUUGUUUAAUGCUUUUGAGCUACGCCAACGUGUUGAUUUUCGUGACAUACGGCUUCAGGAUAUUGAAAUGAUUCCCGCCAUGAUUCGUGAUGCUGUGGGUGGGGCUAUCGACCAAGCUGUGAAUACAGCUCCUAGAGGUAGUGUUUUGAAUGUCGUAUUGCGAGGGCCGUCGCUGGCCAGCGAUGUGCAAGCCAUAUUACGGUCCGAUGAUGCAUACAAUGCGGAUUUGUUUCUUGAGCUAAUAUCCAGGGUAUUGCAAAGCAAUGAUGACUCGUUAUCUGACGAUUCGUUGGACCUGAUUGUGACAGUAGCCCGUAACAGGAGUGGGGGUGUUGGGGAACGACUAAAAUUGGGAGGGGUGACCUAUGACGAAAUACUGUCUAAAAAAGGACGAUUUCUCUACCAUGCGGGUAACCUGGACAAUCAACUGUGCUUUGCCAUGUGUAUAGCACGUUAUAAAUACCCCCAGACCUCAGCUGUUGAUAGACUGACCUACGCUACACGGAUACAUCAGGCAGCCGGUUUUGAUAUAAACCAUCCUAUCACACUCACAGACGUUGGUAAAUUUGAAAGACUUUUGGGUGUAAAGAUCAUAGUCUUUCACAACCGGGUAGGCUGUAAACGUCUCGAAUGUUUUCAGACCCAAGACACUCCACACCCUCAAACAGUAUGGUUAUAUCUACACAAUAAUCAUUACUACCUGAUCGAAAACAAGAAGGGUUUUUUCGGGGCGAGAUACAUUUGCGACUAUUGUUAUCAAACAUACAGUACCAUAUUGUAUCACAAUUGCUCACAGCUAUGCAAUGUGUGUUUCAACAUAGAGUGUCGGACCCGUGGCGAGGCAAAGCUGAAAUGUGGUGAUUGUAAACGCCUCUGUAAUUCAAAAUUCUGCUUCGAACAGCACAAAAAACCUGAAAUGGUUCACAAGUAUAUCCCCUGCAAGACCUUGAAACACUGUGACGACUGCGGGACGCUCUACAGACUGGC